UCUCGCGAGACUUCGCGCGCCCCGCCCCUUCCUGUAAUGGCGGCGCCCUAGACCGCGCGGCCGGCGCUCCCAUUACGGUCAGUCCGCGCUGUCACCGCCACCGCCGCCACCUCCACCGCCGUCUGUGUCACCGCCGCCACCUCUGCCACCGCCACCAUGCAUUCGGACGAUGUUGUCUGGAGCAUGCUGGGGAACAGGCAGUUCUGCUCCUACAAGAUGACCACCAAAACGCAGAAUUUCUGCAGGAACGAGUACAACCUGACGGGGCUGUGCAACCGCUCCUCCUGCCCGCUGGCCAACAGCCAGUACGCCACUGUCCGGGAGGAGAAAGGUCGCUGUUAUCUCUACAUGAAGACCAUCGAGCGGGCGGCGUUUCCCCGGCGCCUCUGGGAGCGGGUGCUGCUGAGCAAGAACUACGAGAAGGCUCUGGAGGAGAUCGACGAGAACCUCAUCUACUGGCCCCGCUUCAUCCGGCACAAGUGCAAGCAGAGGUUCACCAAGAUCACGCAGUACCUGAUCCGCAUCCGCAAGCUGACCCUCAAGAGACAGAGGAAGCUCGUCCCGCUGCGCAGGAAGAUCGAGAGGCGCGAGAACAGGCGGGAGGAGAAAGCCCUGAUUGCUGCCCAGCUGGACAACGCCAUCGAGAAGGAGCUGCUGGAAAGGCUGAAGCAGGACACGUAUGGAGACAUUUACAACUUCCCCAUCCACGCCUUUGACAAGGCUCUCCAGCAGCAAGAUGCAGAGAGCGAGAGUGAGUCGGAUGCAGAGAGGGAAGAAGAUGAUGAUGAUGAGGACGUGGAUAAAAGGGAGUUUGUGGAAGCAGAGGACAGCGAGCUCAGCGACUUUGAGGACAUGGAUAAGUUGGAGACAAGCAGUGAAGAGGAGCAGGAAAAGGAGGAAGAAGUAGAGCAGAAAGCCUCCCACUCCAAAUCUAAAGGGAAAACACCCCUGAAGGGCCCAGCCAGGAGAAAACGUCCCUACAUCGAGAUAGAGUACGAAGAGGAAACUGAGCCCAGCACCAAGACAAAAGCAGCCUGAGCCCUCCUGACCCUUUUGUACUGACUGACAGAACUCCAGAUGUGUCACCAGAGUGGGACUCCAGCAUCUGUCACCCACCUCCCACCCCUCACAGGACCCUCAGAACUCCUGGUUUGAUACUCCAUACAUUUUCUGGGGUUUGUGUCCCGAGCCCAGGCAAUUGCAGUGAGUUUGUACAUCUGGGUGAAGCCCAGCUCAAAGGAACAUCUCCCACCUCCUCUGCAACCUCAAAAAGCUGAGCCCAGCCUCUGCUCCAGGAAGGGCCCUGGCCUGGGGGGCUCUGCUGCUCCCUGUAAGGCUGGAGAAACCUCAGCUGUGUUUGGGGAGGUGUAGGGCUCACAGGUGGGACAGGAACGACAGAACUUUCAAUAAAUACAACACUUUUAUUGUA